ACAUAUAGCCAGCCUCAGUGAGGCUGAUGCCGUGCAGCAAGCAGUAGGUAAUGAGUCUUUGUGCAGAGUGAAGCUCUUGUCGCUGAACAAUAAAGCAUAUGGUACAAGCAAUAAAACACAGGGCUGGGAAAUUUAAGAAGAUUCCUCUGAACCAGGAAGAACUGUGUCUUCGGUGAUGCUGACACAUAUUAUAAAAUGAUAAUUUAUUUUGGAUCCUAAUGAAUAAAGAGUGCAAGGACUAAGACCACAGCUAUUUGAACAGCUGCUGGAGGACUGCCUGAGCCUUAUGCAAAUGAGACCUGCUCGGAGGCUUUGACUGCAGAAGCGAGAGGAGGGGGGCAGAAGGGAGUUCAAAGGUCACAGUGCUGGUGGAAAGCUGGAUCAGUUGCCUGAAAAAAAUGUGCUGGGCUCCUCUGCAGCAGUGUUUUGCAGCAGUUAAAUGAAGUAUGCUUUAUUUCUGAGAGUGAAGAUUUUUACAUCGUGUGUGCCGUAGUCCUUUAAAGUGCACGCAGAUUCGCUCAAAAAUUUGAAGUCUUUUGCAAUAGCUUGAGCCAUACUACUUCCAUACAAAUCUCAGCAGCAUAUACACAGUACAUGUGACAGCGCUGCAGCUAUGAGCGGAAUUUUAAAGAGGAAGUUUGAAGAAGUUGAUGGCUCCUCACCCUGCUCCUCUGUGAGAGAAUCAGAUGAUGAAGUGUCCAGCAGUGAAAGUGCUGACAGUGGAGACAGUGUCAAUCCAUCCACUUCUAGUCAUUUUACCCCUUCCUCUAUUCUCAAAAGGGAGAAGCGGCUGAGGACAAAGAAUGUACAUUUUAGUUGUGUCACCGUGUACUACUUCACCAGGAGGCAAGGCUUUACAAGUGUGCCCAGUCAAGGGGGCAGCACCCUGGGGAUGUCCAGCCGCCAUAACAGUGUGCGCCAGUACACCCUUGGCGAGUUUGCAAGGGAGCAGGAAAGGCUCCAUCGGGAGAUGCUGAGAGAACACCUCAGGGAGGAAAAGCUGAACUCCUUAAAACUGAAGAUGACUAAGAAUGGCACAGUGGAAUCAGAAGAAGCCAGCACUCUUACACUGGAUGACAUUUCUGAUGAUGACAUUGACCUAGACAACACAGAGGUAGAUGAGUACUUCUUCCUACAACCUUUGCCAACAAAAAAACGAAGAGCUCUGCUGCGUGCCUCUGGAGUGAAAAAGAUUGACGUGGAAGAAAAGCAUGAGCUGCGAGCCAUCCGCCUCUCGCGAGAGGACUGCGGCUGUGACUGCCGAGUGUUCUGUGAUCCAGACACGUGCACCUGCAGCCUGGCUGGCAUUAAGUGCCAGGUGGAUCGUAUGUAUUUCCCAUGUGGCUGCACUAAAGAAGGAUGUAGUAACACAGCAGGUAGAAUUGAAUUUAAUCCUAUCCGUGUUCGGACUCACUUUUUGCACACAAUAAUGAAACUUGAACUGGAGAAAAACCGAGAGCAGCAAAUCCCCACACUGAAUGGCUGCCACAGUGAGAUAAGUGCUCACAGUAGUUCCAUGGGCCCUGUCGCCCACUCCGUAGAAUAUUCGAUCGCAGACAGUUUUGAAAUUGAAACUGAACCACAGGCUGCAGUGCUGCACCUGCAGUCAGCUGAAGAAUUAGAUUGCCAAGGAGAGGAAGAGGAAGAGGAGGAGGAUGGAAGCAGCUUUUGCAGUGGAGUCACAGAUUCUAGCACACAAAGCUUGGCACCUAGUGAGUCAGAGGAGGAGGAGGAGGAGGAAGAAGAAGAGGAAGAGGAGGAGGAGGAUGACGAUGAUGACAAAGGAGACAGCUUCAUGGAAGGUUUGGGCACCCAUGCGGAAGUUGUCCCUCUUCCUUCAGUUCUUUGUUAUUCUGAUGGCACCGCCGUUCAUGAAAGCCACGCAAAGAAUGCUUCUUUUUAUGCCAACUCUUCAACUCUGUAUUACCAAAUAGAUAGCCACAUUCCGGGAACUCCAAAUCAGAUCUCUGAGAACUAUUCUGAAAGAGACACUGUCAAAAACGGUACCCUUUCGCUGGUGCCUUACACCAUGACCCCGGAGCAAUUUGUUGACUAUGCCCGACAAGCAGAAGAGGCCUAUGGUGCCUCCCACUACCCAGCUGCCAACCCCUCUGUAAUCGUCUGCUGCUCCUCUUCUGAAAAUGAUAACAGUGUGCCCUGCAAUAGUUUAUAUCCUGAACACAGGUCCAGUCACCCUCAAGUGGAAUUUCACUCAUACUUGAAAGGCCCCUCCCAGGAAGGGUUUGUCUCUACAUUGAAUGGUGACAGUCACAUUUCAGAGCAUCCUGCUGAAACUUCUUUGAGCCUUGCAGAAAAGAGCAUAUUGCACGAAGAGUGCAUCAAGUCACCCGUGGUUGAGACAGUCCCUGUUUAGUACCUUAAAUUAUUCUAGGACCAACUCUUCUCCUAUUUAAGGCACUGUAUUUAAUUGGAUUUCCUGGGCUCAUCGUUGUUUAAACUGAAGACCAAGAAAACUUGGACGGUGUUUAAUCUUCCAGACUGUAUUUUGUUUUUUCCUUUCUAGCCACAUGACUGUGGCAUUGCACAAAUACAGUCUCUGUAGGGAUUUUAGAAGAUUUCAGACUGUUUUGAUAGAAAAUGCUAAAUUUUAAAAAUGCAUAUCUCACAGUUGCCUACCUGUCAAACUGUGUGAAACCUGCCAAGCUGUGUAGAUCAGAGCUCCAAAUUUUGGAUUAUCGGGCCUGUGCAAGUUUGUUAACUAAGGCUGGGAAGUAAUAAGAUUUAGAGUCCUAAUUUUCGAUAUAUCUGAAGAUAAUGGUGACUUUUUAUUGUAAAAGUAAUUAUUGUAAGAAAAAGAUAUAACUGUUCCAUGUGUAUUUUAUUUAUGGUAGUGUAGAAGUUACGUUUUGGUGAAAAUGAACAGCCGCAUGUUCAUUCCAGCUGAAGAUACAUAGCUAGUUCCACAGAGCAUGCCCACAUGGAUUGCAUCUGGAAUCCAUUCACAUUUUUAUGAUCAUGACUGAUCAGAUUUGCAAAAUUCUGAAGGGCGAAAUAGGCCUAUUUUUGCUAUUUUGGGCAAAUAAAUGAUUCUAUAUGUGCAGGUCCUUACACAGUUUUCUUUAAAGUUAAGAGUUAGGACAAUCCUCUGGGGAGAGGCUAGUUCACUGCCCUCCCUCAGCUGACUCCAGAGAUGGAGGUAGAAGGAAUUGCCUUUCUUUUUUAAACAGCAUCAUCUUGGUUCUUAGCUUGGACAGCACCUUUAAGCUCUAACCCCUACAUCAAAAUGCACUUUAGUGCCCCUUCACGGUACCUCGUGUGGGGUGGGGACUGAGAACUUUUUGAGAUGAAAACAUAAAAAAAAAUUGUUUAAAGAUCUUAACUAUUAUAAGAUUCAUAUAGUUAAUACAGAGGAAUCAUCCAAUGAUACUUAUGAAGGGAAAAUGACCUAUUUUCCUUCGCCACUCUGAAGACCUAACUCAGUAAAUGCAGAGGAGGCUGAGGAAACAUGGAAGAGACACGACCUCAGCAACCAGCUUUUUCUCCAGCGCCAUCAAUCCAUCCCUACAAAAUCAGUAUAUAAUGAGAUUUCCACUUAGUGAUUAGCUGAUUGAAGGGGAGGGCCUCUACCCAAAUACUCAACUAGGCCUUUCUUUUCUGAAGCUUUUCGAUUUGUCUUGCCUGGGACAACUAGCAGAACAGUCCAAAAUUCAUUGCAUACUUUCUAAUUACCUCACAUUCUCUUAUUAAAGAGAACAGAUAGAAAUAAAACAUGCACUCCCCAACUUUAGAUAACCUGCACUUGGUUCGUAGGAGGACUUCUAGGAUCCCGUUUUCCUGUAAAUUAAUUUAGGUAACUAAAUAGUGUAUUCUACCUUUUUUUUCCCAAUGCAAUUAUGACUAUGCUAAACCUGUUUCACAUUUUUGACCUUCUAUUGUUAUAUCACUUCACAUGUUUUAUAACUAUUUGAACUGCGGACAUGCCUUGCUAUUCAGUGACUGCAUCGCUACUUAUUUUUUAUGUCUUUUAGCCUUGGGUGCUUAGAAUUAUGGAUAUAAAUAUAUUGUAGAUCUCAAUUUCUUAAAAGAAUAUUUUAUUUAAUUGAACUUAAAAAUGCUUGAUCUAGAGAAAGUCCUCCAAUGGAAAAGUUUCUAUUAAAAUUUGUUUUGGGGAAAAAAAUGUUUACUUGGCAGCUCUUGCACUGUGCAGUUGAUUUCUGCCCCUUCUCUCCCCCUCCCCUCCAUUGGGCCAAAUUUAUAACCAUUAAUAUUAACAUUAAAAGAGCUUUGGGUUUGUCUUUAUGUAGGUUGCAGUCAUGAGGUCAGGGUUGUUCCUUUUGAAUGAUUGGCCCUUUGAGCUAAUCAGAUUGGGGAUUUGUUGAAAUCUCAAAUAUAUAUAUAUAUAUAUCCCAUGUUGUCUGCAAAGUGGCAGUUUUUAGUGCUUAAUCUCCAAAUUCUUCCCCUUACCAAUACAAUCUAAAGAGCACAGGCUCAAAGAGAAAAUGACAAGAGGCUAUUGUUCCUUCAUUCAAGCACAUGAAAGGAUCAUGUGUACUGUAUUUGCUGGACCAUUACAAGCUCUUGAAGGAUCUGCUUGUGAAGUGCUCUGAGGUUAUUCUUGGAACAUAGAGUGUGGGAGAGUGGGAAAGAGCCAGCUCCAGCCUGAGCAAAGCUGAAGGGUAGAAUGACAGUCCAGUUUCUGAAAAGAGAGAUAUUUUAAUUUCAGUUCAGCUUUAUUUUCCUAAGAUGGUAUGAAGCCUACUUUUUUGUAAUUUUUGGCUAGAUCUUUGUUUUCUACCUUUGUUUCCAAAAGGAUGCUUAAGAAAACAGUUUUUUCCCCCAUCCAUUCACCCGGGGUAGAAAGUCACUGCCCUACUGAGAAGAAUUAACCUUCCAAUUAUAACCAGCUUCCAUUCCAACUUUUCAUACACCUGACUAACUUGUAAGCAUCUCCCACAAAUCACAUACACAGGGUACCUACUAAAACUCUCCCAUAAACCUAACACAUACACAGGCAUACACAUACAAAAUAUAUGCAUAUCACACACUUAGAGAAUGACAGAUUUCAGGCAAUGGCCAAUAGAAAGUAUUGAGUUUCUCUGACCUCAGAAUCUGGUUGGGCUUUAUGAUCUAAAAAGUGUGUUUAGAAAAAAGAAUAAUUGGUAAAGCUAUAGCUUUAAAAUAUCAGGUCAAAGUUGCAAAAAUACUAAUGAUGGAAUCAUUUCAUUAUUAGUUUCUUUCCCAGAAAAGAUGAGAGAGCACACGGUUCCAUCUGACUUUUUUUUCCCAUUAAUAGCCCUUCUACUCAACAAAGAACUGCCCACAUGCCAGGAAAGUGCUACAGUCCUUCUAAGCAUUUCAAAAUGGGGAUCAAGCUAGAUGCAGCCAGUUGGAAUACUUAAGAUCUUUAUGCCAAGACACAAUAACCUGACCUGCAGCUGUUGUAUUGACCCCAUAGUAUAUCUAGCCAAGCUGUCGUCUUUUGGACAUACAACUUUUUAAUCAUUCACUAUCACUUGCAAAGCUUCAUACUCCAGUCCUGGCUGUUCUAGUACCAGUCCUAUACCUUUAAAUGGGGCUUAAUUCCCAGUUAUAAUCCUGGCCAAAUUGAUUUGAAAGUCAAGUGGUUGAAGCAGCUUGCAUCUCCUUUUUCAUUCCCAAUUUCCUUUGGAGAAAGAAGGUUUUCCCCCUUAUCUCUUGAUCAUUAAUUAUUAAGACAUGGGUAAAAUUCAUUUAUCAUGUGUCUUUUGGUUGAUUGAAUAAUAUAGUUACUUUUUGAAGGCCCAUAAUUUCUUUGUGAUAAAACCGUUUUUUCCCAAUGUGACAGUCACAUAUAAAAUGCGAAACUAAUGUUUCCUAGAAUGAUUAAAAUCUUCACAAUUAUAUAUGGCCCUGCAAUACUCCCUUAGUCCCUCCACACACACACAAAGAAAUGAUGAGUUGCAAAAAAACUAAUUACAAAUUAAGAAGCAAAGAGAUUAUGUUAAGUGGAUAUGUUCUUUAAAAUUUUACAAUGUAAUAGAUGACGUCUAGGCAAAAUUUUGGUAUGAUUACCAUUAAACAGGAAAACAUACCAUGCUUUACUUUCUAUAAGUUGCUAAUCACUGUUUCCUUGAUUUUAAUGUUUGAUAUUGUUGCACAAGUUUAUAACUCUUUAUAUUUAUAUUUAUAUUUAAAAUUUAUUAACUAUCAAUUCUUCCUUUCAACAAAUAUGAACUGAACACCUGCUGUGUUAGAACAAUUGUCUUGGGUAGUAAAAAGAGGGGAACACCACAGAUUCUAAGGGAUAAUAUUAAUGAAGGGUGGCAUGAAAUAAUCAAGCCUUCUCAAAUCCUCUUAAUAUGAGAUUUUUAUCAUGGGAUAUUAGAAAAACUGACAUCAGUUCUUGUCUAAUUAUAUGUGAGCUGAAACUAAAAGAUACUUCUUUUUCCUAAAUUGAUGGAACUCACUGGAUCUUCCUUCAUCUCUCUCCCUCCAUCUGAAAUUUAUGAAUUAAAUCUGGACUCAGCUAGGACUGAAUCAAAUGAAAAAGAAAUUUUUGAUUAAUUGCUUUUUCAAUGUUAAACCUAUAUAAGUGAUGCUAAAUUUACACCAGCAGACUCCUAUCAGACAUUUUCAAGGAGGGUUUGACUCAUGCAUAACCCAGGAAACAUUUCAGGACACUUUUAAGACAAUGUAUGGAACAUAAUCACUCUUACUUCUAUUUAUAAAAAGCCUAUCAAAAUAGCAAAAUCCUGUUCCAAGUUCCAAAGACAUCACCUUGCAGCAGGUGGAAAACAGAGAGGUCAUUACACUCUGUCACUUUCAGCUGGAGUUACAAACCAUCAAAUUAGCAAGCAAUAUAAAUCAAAUUUAUAUUCUCAGAAGCCAACAGGAGACUACCUUUUUAGAAGGUGUCAGGAAGCCUUCUCUUUCUCAAAAUGUAACACAAUAUUUUUUCUUAAAAUGGCAUCUGCUGCUUAUUCUCUUGAAGACAGUUUGCAGUGCCAUUAUAACCAGCAUAUUAAACACCAAGCUUAAAUGGUAAGCACCUUUGUGCUUUUGAAGACAAGACUUGUCUAUAAUUUUAAUUGGAACUGUUGGUUGUAUUCUUACCACAACCAAACCCAAAGUUUAAAACCUGAUCACUCUUAGGUCUAAUACGAAUUUGCAACUUCUGAUUGCAUUACUUUUUCUGAAAUCUGCUAACUAGUGCUGGAAUAACGAAAAUGCCUAAGCCAAAAUGCCAUAGCUUUGCACAACUCAUCAGAUGUUUUCUGUGGUAUUAAGGAAUUUAGGUAACUUAAUUGAAUAUCAGCAAUUUAAAUACCCACCAGAAUUAUGGAAGUAGCAGAGUGGAAGUGAGGAUGGAAUAUAGCUUAAUAAGUGGUGAUGUCUUUUAGGAAUUAUAAAAAAUGUUCAAUAGAUCUAAGCUAGAUCUUUUUAUGCUAUAAAGACUAGAGUUACAAAUGGCGGACCCAAACCUAGAAGGAACAGUUACAAUGUAGACACCCUUUCAGCCCAGUUGGUGCUCACAUCUGCUGACCAACAUUCAUAUCAAUUACAUUUUUACUGUCUAUAAGUCAUUUGAUGCUUUAGAAUAAUAAAAACACACCUACAGCAUUCUAAAUGAACUAUUGUGUUAAAAAAAAAACACAUUUUAUAUUAAAAUGUCUGGUAAAAAGUACAGACAUUUAAAAAAGCUCUUCUUUAACAUUUUACCUACCAAAUCUAGAUAUUCAUUGUGACUACUUAAAACAGUCAUUUCUAAAUUUUACUUCAACUCCUUUCUUGUUUUUUUCAAACUAGAUCAUGAAACCCUCUUCCUAAACAAUGUAGGUGUUUUUUAAAUUCUUUUUUUUUUUUUCCGGAAAUUCAAGCUCAGACAUUUGAGAUGACCUGUAUUUUACCUAGUGAUCAGUGCUGGGACUAGUCUAAGUCUGUACUGUCUUGGCAUACCUCGGGUUUCCUAUCCUGACAGUGGUAAUGCUGAUAGAAUGAUGGGAAGCAGGAGAGUGGAUUUGACCGGAUUCAAUGCCUAAACCAAUAUGUUUCAGUUCACUUUUCUAUGUAGAUUUAAAAAUAUUACAUCUAGCCUAGAAUUUUAGUAUAUAAACACACUUGUUGUAUCCAUGGGUAAUGAGGUCAUUUCCAAGAUGUAAGUCACACUGGUGACUACUUACUAUACAGGGUACUUGCUUUUAUAAAUUUGAUCCUUUGCGUUGGUUUAUAAUUCAAGAAAUGUCAACUUCACUGUGUCAUCUUACAUCAUCCCUCAUAAAAGUUUCUGGCAGGACUAAAGUUUCAAAGGAAUAUGAUAGAAUUUAUUUUGAACAAUAUUUGUAUUCAGCAUGCUAAUGAUGUAGUUCCUCUCUUUGCAUUACUCGUUACCAUGGUAAUAGUUAAGUUCAUUCAUUAACUCAUUUUAGUGACAUCUGAGGCCAUUUAAAUAUUUUUAAGACAAUGUAUAUUGAUUAGAAAGAGUUAGGAGAGAAAUGUAUGGUAGAAAUGAGCCUUGCCAUUGUCUAAGUUAAUUUGUGUGACCUGACUGAACAGUUUGAGUUGUAACUUUGGAAUAGCUUCUUUGUUAGAAGCUUUCUCUUUCGGUUUUCUACCAAUAUUUUUAUCUGUCUUGGAAUUAUCUUAAAAUAUAUUUAUUAAUGAGUAUCUGGAAGAAAAUUGACUUCAAAGAUGUCUCUUUCAAAUUUAUCUAGGUACUUGUGAUAUAUAUAAAUGUCAACUUCACUGUGAUACAAGGUCACAAUGUCACAAAGUGAUACAAAUGUCAACUUCACUUGUGAUACAAGUAUCUAAAUAAAUUUGGCAGUAGGCAUCAAGUCCUACUGCACACUGGAUAAGACCCCUACCCACCACCCUCCUUGUCAGGGGCAUGGCUUCCGAAUAAUGGUUUUGCUGUGGUAUCUACAUAGGGUACCUGUGGAAAAGGAGUUUGAAAUGUCUAUCUUUGUCGUACAUUGUAUACAAUUUUCUUUUGCUCCUCCUUUUUAUGUGGUCACCAAAAAAAGCUUUUUUUCCUUAGCCAUUAAAAAAGCCACCCCUCUUUAAAACAAAUUUAAAGAUCUAUAGACGUUUUGCAACUUUAUUUAAUAUAAAAGAGAAGAAAAAAUAAAAUCCAAAUCUGAAUUACCCUAAAGUGGAAAAACCGAAAUAUCUAAACUAGGAACUUGCUGCCUGGUUUAGUGUUGAUCCUUGAGUCAUUUAUGGUAUCCAAAUGAUAUCUGAAGAUGACUAAUUUUAAGAUAUAAUAGUUGGUAAAGUCAUUUCAUUUAUAUCUCAAUAAAAUAGAACCCACUGCCAUGGAUUACCAUCUGAAUCCUGAUUCAUUAAGCACUAGUCAUGCCAAAUGGGGAUCUCAGAAUAGUUUAAUUGUUUCAAAGAUACUCACAAUGGCCAACUGUGCGUAAAUAAUGGAAAGAUUCAGAUUCUUCUGUAUUCUUCAAAUGUUACAGUCCUGAGACUAGGAGGGAUCUCCAGAGGUCAUACGGCUCAUCGAUCUACCACCAGGGAGGACUGUCACUCAGGCAUGCCCAACAGGAUAGAUGGCCAUCUAUUCUUAACAUCUCUAGGGAAGGCAGUUUCCUUGGCAACACAAUUCAGCUCUCUUAGGUUUUCUCACAAUAAGAAAAUAUCUUGGCCAGUCUUUGAGGGUUAGGCACCUGGCAACAGUUGUGGUGAUUUGGGCCAUUGUACUAGGGGACUCAAGGGAAGCUGGGUUUCCCUCUACGUUUGAUGAUUAUUACUUCACUAAGCAAUCAUUUCAUAUGUCUCCCAAGAAAUCAGAUUUUGAGAGAAAGACAUGGAUACAGAGACAAUGCUCAGUAACAUGACCAGCUUUUGACAAAUAUGGCCUUAUUGGGUUUUCAUUUUUGUUGCUGUUGUUUGUUUCUGUGAUUGCUCUUAUGUCAGUAGGUAAUGUCAGAAAAAGUGACCGAUUGUUUCAGAUCCCCAGUGACAAAUACCAGAACUAGGAUCAAGUGAUUUGACUUUUAAGCUGUUGUAUUUUCUGAGAAGUUACAAUUACAAAAAGUAAGCAUUUUCUACAUUCUUACUUCUAAGUAAGUACCUUCUCAUUAAUCUUUCCUUAGCCUAAAAUGACAAAUAAGAAUCCAAAGUUUUUCCACUCCUCCUGGGGGAGAUAGGAGUAGUUGUGAAGAGUCUGUUGGAAUAUAAUGUCUCCAGAGAUUUACACAGCCACCAUUUGAUCCCAGCCUUUGUCCCUGUGUUAUUUAAAUAAUGGCUGCUUGCUUUCUCAGGGAUCAGGAAAAUGAUUUAAAAAUCUGUCUUCUUGACGAGGCCCGAAAAUGAAGGGAAGAGUCCUGGAGAAUGGUGAUUUUUCUGGUUACAUCACUUGACUCAAGCACUCCCUGAAGCUUUCAGAACAUUUUCUGUUUGCUCAGAGUUGACACCCAAUUCAGAGUCAGAACUCUCCAGAAGAUGAGGAGCACCCCCGAAAUCAAUGUUUUGUUUCUCCAUGGAAUUUUUUUCAAUCUUGGUACAGCUGCAUAUCUCCCCAUCUCGGACGCUCUUGUGAAACGACAGCCACAUCAGUGUGGUUACUCCCCACAAAUAACAUUAGGGGAAAAUGAUCCUUUUUAUUAAAAAAAAAAAAAGGUAAAUGCUAUUGAAUGAUCAUGUAAAGAAUGUUGAAUAAAAUUUGGCCCAUGUUUUAAUUGACUCUAGGCACCUCUAUGGGAAUAAGUCUGAGGCAUAGUUUGUGAAACAUGUUUCAAAAGUGUUUGAUGUAUAAUAAAUGCUAGACAUUUACAGUACAGAAAUAGUUUAAAAAAAAUAAACCUGUAGAUUACAGCUCUGUUCCUAAGAACCUCAGCCUUUAUUGUGUCUUAGUAAAGUUAAUCUGCUUUAUUUUUAGUUUAUUGAAUUUCUGGUGUAAUAGCCUCUUAAGAUAUAACUAUUAAUACAUAUGUACUGGUUAAUGCCUGUUUAUGCAGAAAAUGGCACUUUGUUCUUUCAGUGUGUUUCCUUCCGUGUCACAGGGUAUAUCAAUUUGAUAGAUCAUUUGACGUUUGUCAAAAAUACAUUUUUACCAUUUAAGGAAUAUGUACAAUUGGUUGCAUAGACAUAUGUCACUUUUUGCAGUGUCUUUAUCUUGAUCAUAGUUUUAGACAUCAACUAUGUCUCACUUUCCAACUGCCAUUGAAAUUUGGUACAUUUGUAAAUUCUGGUGGAAUCUAGUGAGCUGAAUGUACUGGUAGAUCAAAUGAUCCAAAGGACUUGGGUGUUAUCCUUCAGUCUGUGUUGAACCAUUCAGACACUGGGAAUGGUCCUUACACAAGGGAAGUCUUUUGAGAAUGUCUGUUUUACUUUUUAUUUGUUUGUUGCUGGCAAAAAAAAAAAAAAGAGGCAACUUUAAAUAAUCAGAAAAGCCACUGAACUGUAUUUUCUGAUGUUACAAUUAGUUUUAUCUUUCAACUGAUUCUUAUUGUUACUUUUACUCAAUAUCAGCAGUGCUUCAAUAGAUGUUUAUUAGAUAUGUUUAAUCUAAUGACUUAAAAAGGUUGAAAGGGAAGAAAAUCAACUCCAAUCCACACAUACAGUCAUGUUACACUAAGAUGUCAUGUUGUAUGUCACACCAUUUCUAGAUUGAUUUCUCUUGUGUAUAAGUUAUAACAUCAAAAAUGCCAAAGGGUAUAUAAAAUAAGCUACAGUAAUAUUCAACAGAACUUAUCCUGGACCUUAUGUUGUAAUAAUUUAUUUAUAUUAGCUGUAGUCUUCUGUAUUUAUAUUUUCAGUAUUUAUUAUGAAUGACAUGAAAAUUUGUGUAUUUAUUGUGGCUUUUUAUUGCAGUGUGUAUAUAUAUAUAUAUAACAAAUAAGCAUUUUUAAGUCUUAUUCUUAAGUUUCUUUUAUUAGUGGCACUUGUAUUAUGCUGUACUUUUUAUUAUAUAUUGUACAAUAUCUUGUCCAUUUGUUUGCAGCAGAGUAAAACCGGUUUCUAAGUUGUA